AUGGUAGACCUGGUAUACGAGCUGGAUCCAAAAGGCGAAGUUUUCCUGAUCCUGGAUAACGUGUCUAAGGAUUUACCGCACAACCUACAGGAUAUUGCCACGCUGUCAGGAUGGCCGGACGGACUCAGCAAUCCUGCAGCCCCAACAAGCGAUGAGAAUGAAAGUAGCAAGCGAGAAGACGAUGGAAGUUCAGGUGGCAUUGUCGAUUCGACCAAGACCCCCGAAUGUACCACGCAGCGCCGUCUGCAGAUUCGUGCAUCGUCAAAGCAUCUGACAUUGUCCUGCCCACAAUUCGAACGAACAUUCCAAAUGGGAUUUCAGGAGGGAACCCAGCUAAGGACCAAAGGCCAUCUAAAAUUCCCUAUACGGGAUUGGGAGCCAAUACCUUUCUUGAUCCUGAUGUUAAUCAUCCAUCAUCGCACCCGACUAGUGCCUCGGGAAGUGUCCUUGGACAGUCUGGUGGAGAUCGCGCGGUUGGUCGAUUACUAUGAGUGCUAUGAGGCAGUAGAGCCGUUCUCGGAUUCAUGGCUCGUUCAGUUAAAGAUCAGAUCUUUGAGCCCCCCAACUUAUUAUACCCCUUCAUCGAUUGAUGAGGCUAAGAAGUGCAUGUUCGUAUCUUGGGUAUUUAACGAGGCCAAGGCAUUCCAAGAAUCCUCCAAGUACUUGGAGGCGAGGAGCACAGGCAUGAUUAGCUUCAGUGGAAUCCCCGUUCCUUCGAUGAUAAAUGAUGCGAUCAACCGUUCUCGACAAGCGCUGAUUGCAAAAGUCGUUGAGUCUAUGCAUGAUCUUUUCGCCAAGCUACGGGACGGCCAAGAGCAAUGUUCUGAGAUGUGUGGCUGUGUGCUCCUGGGCGCGUUGACAAAAGGAAUGCAUCGAUCUGGAAUUCUAUCCCUGAAUUCAACGUCAAGUUUGAGGGGAUCAGCUUCGCCCAACUGGCGCUUGACUGUCGCAACAUCAAAAAUCCGCGUUCAAACUACUAAUAUAGAGAAGCUCAACGUGGGGUUGGAUGUUUCACAAUACACCAAGUCUCUCUUCCCCUUUCAUUGGGAUACCAGAGUCUUCAAGCCAACAGUGCCACUGCCUUCUUAG